AUGACCAUUGAGAUGUAUCCCAGCGAUCAGGUGGCUGACCUGCGAGCAGAGGUGACCCACUGGUACGAGAACCUGCAGAAGGAGCAGAUGAACCAGCAGGCUCAGCUGCAGGAGUUCGGUCAGAGCGGCCGGCAGCCGGGAGACUUCCCAGGUGGUUUGAUGGGACCGGUCAGGAUGAUCUCCUCUGGCCAUGAACUGACCACAGACUACGAUGAGAAGACUCUGCAUGAGCUGGGCUUUAAAGACAUGCAGAUGGUGUUUGUCUCUUUGGGAGCUCCACGACGGGAGAGGAAGGGGGAGGGCGUCCAGCUGCCUGCCUCCUGCCUGCCUCCUCCCCAGAAGGAGCACAUUCCCAUGCUGCUGCUCCUCCAGGAGCCACACCUCACCACACUGUUUGACCUGCUGGAGAUGCUGGCCUGUUUCAAACCGCCCAGCCCCAACACUGAGAAGGUUCACGAGAGCCCAGAGAGUGCACGGUGUGAAGAGCUUCACCUUCAUGCAGAGAAUCUGUCCCGCCGGGUUUGGGAGCUGCUGAUGCUUCUUCCUACAUGUCCGAAGAUGCUGCAGGCCUUCCAGAACAUCUCAGACGACACGAACGGAGAGGGUCUGUGUUGGAAGGAGCUGCUGAGGAUUAAAAGUCCCCACAAGCUGCUGUACGCUCUGGAGAUCAUCGAAGCUCUUGGAAAACCCAAUCGACGCAUCCACAGAGAGUCGACCGGCAGCUACAGCGAUCUGUACCCAGACUCCGAUGACUCCAGUGAGGAUCAAAUAGAAAACAGCAAGAACACCUGGAGCUGCAAGUUCGUGUCAUCUGGAGGUCUGCAGCUGCUCUUAGAGAUCUUCAACUCAGGCAUUCUUGAACCCAAAGACCAGGAGUCCUGGACUGUGUGGCUGCUGGACUGCCUGGCCUGCCUGCUGAAGCUGAUCUGCCAGUUCGCUGUGGACCCUGCAGACCUGGACCUGGCCUACCACGACGUCUUCUCCUGGUCUGGCCUCGCUGACAGCCAGCGUAAACGGGCAUGGCCGGGCAAAUCCCGUAAAUCCACCGUAGACCACGGGAAAGGCCUGCACAUUCCUCGACUGACCGAGGUGUUCCUCAGUCUUGUUCAAGGCACCAACCUGAUCCAGCGUCUGAUCAACGUGGCCUACACCUACGACAACCUUGCACACAGAGUUCUUAAGGCCCAGUCUGACCACAGGUCUCGGCAUGAAGUGACUCACUACUCCAUGUGGCUGCUGGUGAGCUGGGCUCACUGCUCGUCCACGGUGAAGUCCAGUCUGGCUGACAGCGACCACCUCCACGACUGGCUGAAGAAACUCACGCUGCUGGUGCCUGAGCCGGCGGUGAGGCACGAGGCGUGUAACGGCCUCUACAAGCUCUCGCUCUCUGGCUUGGAGGGAGGAGAGUCCAUCAACAGAUCCUUCCUGCUGCUCGCUGCCUCCACGCUGCUCAAAUUCCUGCCUGAUGCACAGGCCCUCAAACCACUGAGGGUGGAGGACUAUGAAGAGGAGCCUCUGUUGAGAACGGGCUGUAAGGAGUACUUCUGGCUUCUCUGCAAACUCAUCGAUAACAUCCACGUUAAAGACGCCAGCCAGAAGGUCUCUCCCUCUCUGUCGCUGGCCGGCUCGGUGCAGACCACCCUGCUUGACCUGGACGCUCUCGCUCGACACCUCGCCGACUGCAUCAGGAGCCGUGAGAUCCUGGACCAGCAGGACGGGACUAUUGAGGACGACGGCCUGACCGGCCUCCUGCGUCUCGCCACCAGCGUUCUCAAACACAAGCCUCCGUUCAAGUUCUCUCGUGAGGGGCAGGAGUUCCUGCGGGACGUCCACAACCUCCUCUUCCUCCUCCCCAGCCUGGCAGACCGCGCUCAGCCGAAGUGCAAGUCCCACGCUGCCAGGGCCGCCGCCUACGACCUGCUGGUGGAGACCGUCAAAGGCUCAGUGGAAAACUACCGGCUGCUCCACAACUGGGUCAUGUCGCAGCACAUGCAGGCCUCUCACGCCCCGUAUAAGUGGGACUACUGGCCCCACGACGACGUCCGCGCCGAGUGCCGCUUCGUGGGUCUGACCAACCUGGGAGCGACCUGCUACUUGGCCUCCACCAUCCAGCAGCUCUACAUGAUCCCUGAGGCUCGCCAGGCUGUGUUCACCGCCAAGUAUGCAGAGGACAUCAAACACAAGACCACACUGCUGGAACUGCAGAAGAUGUUCACAUAUCUCAUGGAGAGUGAGAGGAAAGCGUACAACCCCCGGCCGUUCUGUAAAACCUACACGAUGGACAAACAGCCUCUUAACACCGGAGAGCAGAAAGACAUGACGGAGUUCUUCACGGACCUCAUCACCAAGAUCGAGGAGAUGUCCCAGGAGCUGAAAAACACAGUGAAGACUCUAUUUGGAGGCGUCAUCACCAACAACGUCGUCUCUCUGGACUGCGACCACGUCAGUCAGACCGCAGAGGAGUUUUACACGGUUAGAUGUCAAGUGGCAGAUAUGAAGAACAUCUAUGAGUCUCUGGAUGAGGUGACCAUCAAGGACACUCUGGAGGGCGACAACAUGUACACCUGCUCCCAGUGUGGCAAGAAGGUCCGCGCAGAAAAAAGAGCGUGUUUCAAGAAGCUGCCACGCAUCCUGAGCUUCAACACCAUGAGAUACACUUUCAACAUGGUGACCAUGAUGAAGGAGAAGGUCAACACUCACUUCUCCUUCCCCCUCCGCCUCGACAUGACGCCGUACACCGAGGACUUCCUGAUGGGCAAAGGAGAGCGCAAAGAGGGUUUUCGGGAAGAGGGUGAGACGAAGGUCACUGAGAGCUAUGAGUACGACCUCAUUGGCGUCACUGUGCACACGGGCACAGCAGACGGCGGCCAUUACUACAGCUUCAUCAGGGACAUCGUCAACCCACACGCCUACAAGAACAACAAGUGGUACCUGUUCAACGAUGCCGAGGUGAAGCCCUUUGACUCUGCCCAGCUGGCCUCCGAGUGCUUCGGUGGAGAGAUGACGACUAAAACCUACGACUCUGUCACUGACAAGUUUAUGGACUUCUCCUUUGAGAAGACACAUAGUGCCUAUAUGCUCUUCUACAAGAGAGUGGAACUGGAGGAAGAGAAUGGGAAGGAUUUUAAUUUUGAUGUCUCUCCUGAUCUACUUGAGUGGAUUUGGCAUGACAACAUGCAGUUUCUCCAAGAUAAAAACAUAUUUGAGCACACUUACUUUGGGUUCAUGUGGCAGCUCUGCAGCAGUAUUCCCAGCACUCUACCAGACCCGAAAGCUGUUUCCCUCAUGACUGCCAAGCUCAGCACAUCGUUUGUCCUCGAGACUUUCAUUCACUCCAAGGAGAAGCCCACCAUGCUGCAGUGGAUCGAACUUCUGACCAAACAGUUCAACAACAGCCAGGCCGCCUGCGAGUGGUUUUUGGAUCGGAUGGCUGACGACAACUGGUGGCCGAUGCAGAUCCUCAUUAAGUGCCCCAAUCAGAUUGUCAGACAGAUGUUCCAGAGGCUGUGUAUUCAUGUUAUCCAGCGGCUGCGUCCGGUUCACGCUCAUCUCUACCUGCAGCCCGGCAUGGAGGACGGCUCUGACGACAUGGAUGGUCCAGUGGAGGAUAUUGGAAGCCGGUCCUGUGUCACCCGCUUCGUUAAAACUCUCCUGUCCAUCAUGGAGCACGGCGUCAAGCCGCACAGCAAACACCUGACCGAGUACUUCGCUUUUCUCUACGAGUUCGCCAAAAUGGGAGAGGAGGAGAGUCAGUUCUUGUUAUCACUACAAGCCAUCUCUAUCAUGGUACAUUUCUACAUGGGAACCAAAGGCCCUGAAAAUCCUCAGGUGGAGGUGCUGUCAGAGGAGGAGGGAGAGGAAGAGGACGAGGAGGAGGACAUCUUGUCUCUGGCAGAAGAGAAAUAUCGUCCUGCAGCUCUGGAGAAGAUGAUCGCACUCAUUGCUCUGCUGGUGGAGCAGUCGCGCUCUGAGAGACAUCUGACUCUGUCACAGAGCGACAUGGCAGCGCUGACCGGAGGGAAGGGCUUCCCUUUCCUCUUCCAGCACAUCAGAGACGGCAUCAACAUCAGACAGACCUGCAACCUCAUCUUCAGCCUCUGUCGCUAUAACAACCGGCUGGCAGAACACAUUGUGUCCAUGCUCUUCACCUCCAUUGCAAAGCUAACUCCUGAGGCUGCCAAUCCUUUCUUCAAGCUGCUGACAAUGUUGAUGGAGUUUGCAGGCGGACCACCGGGGAUGCCCUCCUUCGCCUCCUACAUCCUCCAGAGGAUCUGGGAGGUGAUUGAGUACAAUCCGUCCCAGUGUCUUGACUGGCUGGCUGUCCAGACCCCCAGGAACAAGCUGGCCCACAGCUGGGUGCUGCAGAACAUGGAGAACUGGGUGGAGCGCUUCCUGCUGGCCCACAACUACCCCCGAGUCCGCACAUCAGCGGCAUACCUCCUCGUCUCCCUCAUCCCCAGCAACUCCUUCCGCCAGAUGUUUCGAUCCACUCGCUCCCUUCACCUGCCGACCCGCGAGCUGCCACUGUCGCCUGACACCACCGUGGUUCUGCACCAGGUCUACAACCUGCUGCUGGGGCUGCUGGGACGCGCCAAGCUGUACGUGGACGCCAGCGUUCACGGUACCACCAAGCUGGUGCAGUAUUUCAGCUUCAUGACCUACUGCCUCAUCUCCAAGACGGAGAAGCUCAUGUUCUCUGGAUACUUCAUGGACCUCUGGAACCUCUUUCAGCCCAAACUGUCAGAGCCGGCCAUUGCCACAAACCACAACAAGCAGGCGCUGCUGUCCUUCUGGUACAACGUGUGCGUGGAUUGUCCAGAAAACGUCCGGCUGGUGGUGCAGAACCCCGUGGUGACCAAGAACAUUGCCUUCAACUACAUCCUGGCCGACCAUGACGACCAGGAGGUGGUGCUUUUCAACCGUGGCAUGCUGCCCGCCUACUACGGCAUCCUGCGCAUGUGCUGCGAGCAGUCGCCCGCCUUCACCCGCCAGCUGGCGUCGCACCAGAACAUCCAGUGGGCCUUCAAGAACCUGACGCCUCACGCCAGCCAGUAUCCAGGGGCGGUGGAGGAACUGUUCAACUUGAUGCAGCUGUUUGUGGCGCAGCGAGCCGACAUGAGGGAGGAAGAGGUGGAGGAUGUGAAACAGUUUAAGAAAACCACCAUCAGCUGCUACCUGCGCUGCCUGGAUGGACGCUCCUGCUGGACCACUCUCAUCAGUGCCUUCAGAGUUCUGCUGGAGAACGACGAGGACCGGCUGCUGGUGGUCUUCAACAGAGGACUCAUCCUCAUGACUGAAUCCUUCAACACUUUGCACAUGAUGUACCACGAGGCGACGGCGUGUCACGUCACCGGAGACCUGGUGGAGCUGCUCUCCAUCUUCCUGUCUGUCCUCAAAGCCACGCGGCCGUACCUGCAGCGCAAAGAUGUGAAGCAGGCUCUGAUCCAGUGGCAGGAGAGAAUCGACUUCGCCCACAAGCUGCUCACACUCCUCAACUCGUACAGCCCUCCGGAGCUCCGUAACGCCUGUCUGGAUGUUCUGAAGGAACUCGUUCUGCUGAGUCCACAUGACUUCUUGCACACUCUGGUCCCGUUCUUGCAGCACAACCACUGCACCUACCACCACAGCAACAUCCCCAUGUCAUUCGGCCCCUACCUGCCGUGCAGAGAGAACAUCAAGCUGAUGGGAGCCAAAAACAACAUCCGACCUCCGAGACCAGAGCUCAACAUGUGUCUGCUGCCCUCUUUGGUUGAGAGCAGCAAGGGUAAAGACGAGGUGUACGACCGGAUGCUGCUGGACUACUUCCUGUCGUACCAUCAGUUCAUUCACCUGCUGUGUCGUGUCGCUAUCAACUGCGAGAAGUUCACCGACACACUCGUCAAACUCAGUGUGUUGAUAGCAUAUGAAGGACUUCCUCUUCAUCUCGCCCUUUUCCCCAAACUGUGGACCGAGCUCUGCCAGUCACAGUCUGUUCUGGCUAAAACAUGCGUGAAGCUGCUGUGUGAAGAUCCGGCCUUUAGCGAGUACAUCAAAUGCAUCCUGAUGGACGAGAGGACGUUUCUCAACAAUAACGUGGCCUACUCCUUCCUCACCUGCUUCCUGCACAAGGUCCAGGUGCUGUCGGGUCCCAGCUGCUCCAAUCUGAUCGGCGUUUUGGUCACAAACCUGCUGAGCGAGCAGAGCAGCCUGCAGCCUGAACUGGCCGCUCACCGCCUGGAGCUCAACAAGACCAGCGGCCUGCUCAACGCUGACCUGAGGGCGUUGGUGCUGCUGCUGUCCGUCCAGCCGCCCCAGGCCGUUGACCCGGCCCUCUGCCCCGCCCUGCAGGAGCUGCUGGGUCGUUGUCGUGCGUGCGUCCAGCAGCGUAGUGCUCUGGAGCUGGAGGCCAAAGACCACAAGGCCAAAGCUGAGGACGAAGGUGCGACGCCGGUGAAGCGGCGGAGGGUGAGCAGCGACGACGACCGGGCCGGAGACGCAGCGGCUCCGGUCUGCGUGGCCUCCACCUCCUCCGCAGCCCUGCCCCCCUGCAGCGAGCCCAAGACGGACCACCAGGAGGCGCUGACGCCCACCAGCACCUCGGACACGGAGACGCGAGACUCCUCCUCGCUGAUCGACCCGGGAACCGAGCAGGACCCGCCCUCUCCCGACCCCACCCCCGCCUCCUCUGGAAACCUGGACUCCUCCCCCAAAGAGGAGAAGAUGGAGGCCUCUUCGUCGUCAUCUUCCUCAUUCUCCUCGUCGUCCUCCUCUCUGCUGCAGGAGGCGGGGGAGGGGUUUGUUCAGGGGGAGGAGCCUGAGCCGCCACAACACGUGGCGACGGGCGAGGAGGAGGAGGCGGAGCAGCGAGAGGGGAGGAGGGGCGAGGCGAUGUCUACCUCCAUAGAAGAGGUGAAGGAAGAAAAGGAGGCGGGCUCUAAACCCAGCAGCAGCUUGGUCCCGCCCAUUUCAGAGGAUGCUGCCUUCCCAUCAGCCCUUGGGUUGGUGGGGGAGGGGCCAGACAGCUGCGGUGGCCACGCCUCCUCCUCGCAGGUGUUCCCGAGCGCCGGCCCCCCACCCGACAUGCUGGACAUGCUGUACAGGACGGUGGAAGCCACCAUCGCCAUAGUUACCAAACUGUCUGUUAAAGGCCCGCCCUCUUCAUGACAUCAUCAACUCACAGCCGCCAUGAGAUCUUAAACUAAUCUUUUAUGUUCCUUUAAUGUUUAUUUUUCUCUUUUUAAUCUGAAUUCCGUUCAGUGGAAGCAAACUUUCUCUGUUUUUUUCUGUUCCUCCUCCUUCUUCUUGUUCUUCUGCUGUUUUCGUGCUGCUGUUCGUUGCCUUCUGCUGAUGUUCAGUCGGUCAGUUUUUCCAGCUUCAGUGGCUCCCGCUGUGUCGUUUCGCUCUAUAAAGCUCCGACUCCACGCACAGCCGACCCCUCGUUUGUCAAAUAAAGAAGAAAAAAAAAAAAAACAGAAAAAGUCGUACAAGCUAUAGCACAUUUUUUCAAAGGGCAAAAAAAAAGUUUGUUUUGUUGUUUUAUUUUUUUUUUUGUGUGUGCGUGUUUUAUACUGAUUUGAAUUUGUUUUGGAAAGUGAUUUUAUUUGUUUGAGGUUUGCUGUAACGGGGAAAGGUUUACAGAACUUUUGUCUCCUCUGUAUGUAAUUUAAUUUUAUUGCAUUUUUACUGUGUAUAAAAAUGGUCGUCCUCUGUGCCAGUUUUGUACUUUAUGAACGAGGCAAAAGAAAGUUGCCUUGAGUCUUUCUGUGGUUUAAUUAUCCAGAAAAUAAGUUUACCUGUAAAUUAUGAGAACCACAAGAAACUUGAUUCUGUAAAGAAUCCUCUCUAGUCAUUGCCUGAAGGUGUAUAUGAAAACUAUAUAAAUAUAUAUAUAAAUAUCUUUAUAUAUAUAUGACUAUAUAAAAGUGGUGCUUUAUUUGACUGUGGUUGAAAUAAAGCCCCCAUGUUGGACCAGCUGGAGCUUUUAUUUUUACUGAAGUACAUUCCAUAAUCUAUUGUUUAUUUUUGCUUCUUCUGCUGUGUUCUGAUUUUCUUCUGAUUUUAUUUUAAUAGAGAAUAAAUUAAUAAAACAGUUUUAAUAUGGAAGAAUUAUGAACUGAAA